AUUUGGAGGCGUUGUUUUCUGUAUCUCACGCGCUAUCUCCGCCCCCCCGGGACACACUUCUACGUUCACCGACCACCUUUUUUUCACGCAUUGCCGUUAAGUCAAAACAGGUGCGAUGGACUAAAAAACAAAAGAGCGCAAAGAACACCGCGUUAAUGUAGCACCGGACCCCCCUCCCCUCCUCGUAGUGAAUGUGUGGAUUAUGGGGACGUCGUUACGCCGCGCAGGGUGAAGUACAGCAGCUUCCCAAGAUUAAAUCGCUCCGGCUAAGAAGCGAACACCUAAAAAAAAAAGACCUGCAUGAAUCCGAUGCCGCUGCAUGCCCUCGGGAUGCCGACUGUAAAUACCUCUCGGAUGUUUUGGGGGUUUUGUCAUUUUGUGCGCUCUUUUUUUGCAGCAUUGGUUUGUACGCUGCUCUGAGUUGGCGCACAGCAUCGCUUUGAUAAUCAUCAUCAUCAUCAUCAUCACCAUCAUCAUAUUGAUAUCGGUAACCUGGGGGAUAGAUGUGCAGCAGUCGUAACCACGCAGCACCUGUGUUUGGUCGUCGGUCUCUGCAGUGUUUCGAUUGUUAAUGUCGGCUAAGUGGUAAAUGAAGAACUAAUUGGCUCCGUGGAUCUAAACGCGCUAAUAGGACUCCUUAUCAUCGCCGCACCGUACAGCGACGCAGAGAGGAGGAGGAAGAGGAGGAGGAGGAGGAGGAGGGGGGGGCUGUUUGAAUUCACACGUGCCCAGAACAAACAACUAAGAUGACAAAAACCGCCUUCAGGGGAGAUUCUCUUUAUUGCCGAGGAAACUGCAUUGAGAUCACAUCGGAGUUCCUGGGUUGCAGUAGAGCUGCUGGACAGGCAUCAGAGGCAGGAGAGAAGGAGGAGAAGCAGAGGAGAGCUGCUGAGCUGCACAACAGAGCCCCCGCUGAUAGGCGAGCUUUGGCUUCCGUGAUGGACUGAGCUGGAGGUCGACGGGACCCCCCGAUUCCCCCGCCCCACCCCCGCCCCCACCCCACUGUGACAGCCAGCUUCACGUUUCCCAUCAACGGCGUUCGCACUUCGCAAAAGGCAUGUAUGGACGGACUGCAGCAUAGGUGAGACCGGGAGGAGCAGCCCACACUGGGCACAUUCAGAUUGGCCCCCAGGUCGAAACAGUUCCUCAAAGUGGACAACUCUGCUCUUUUGUGUUUGGAAAACAGUUUCUCAGGCCUGCACAAACUGAUUCUACCGUUGUCCCAACAAGCAAGUAGAUCUGGAACCUCAGCCCCUGCCUAAGUGCCCUGGAAACACGCCGGAUUCCGUCUGCAACCUCAGAUGUAACUAAGCGGUCAAGAUUUCAUUGCCAGGAAGUCCUGUUUUUUUGGCUGCAUGGACACAUCUUCAAAGACGCGGCUGCCGCAUCACAGUCAGUUUGGGUUGGUUGGUCAAGCGGAGGUUUGCUGCGGGCCUGGAGUUUUAACCCCAAACCAAUCCCGCAGGGCAAGUUUUGCCUCUGUAAGACAGUCAAGCAUGGAGACCCCUCCCAAUGCCACUCCGCAGCCCUUCAGACAGCCGAGUUUUCUCAAUCGAAGGCUGAAGGGCUCCAUCAAGAGGGCCAAAAGUCAGCCCAAACUGGACCGGACCAGCAGCUUCAGGCAAAUGAUUUUGCCCCGGUUUCGAAGUGCUGACCAAGAGAGGACACGCUUGAUGCAGAGCUUCAAGGAAUCCCACUCCCAUGAAUCCCUACUCUCUCCCAGCAGUGCUGCGGAGGCUUUGGACCUAGUUUUGGAUGAAGAUGCGAUAAUCAAACCUGUCCACUCAAGCAUUUUAGGACAAGAGUACUGCUUUGAGGUGACCACCAAUUCAGGGACAAAAUGUUUUGCCUGCCGUUCUGCUUCGGAAAGAGACAAGUGGAUUGAAAAUCUACAACGAGCUGUCAAACCUAACAAGAACUCCUCGUUUCCCUCCCAGGACAACAGCAGACGGGUGGACAAUGUGCUCAAGUUGUGGAUCAUUGAAGCUCGAGACCUUCCGGCUAAGAAACGCUAUUAUUGUGAACUGUGUCUGGAUGACAUGCUGUACGCACGCACCACCAGCAAACCCCGGACCGACACCGUGUUCUGGGGCGAGCAUUUUGAAUUUAACAAUUUGCCUACCAUUCGUAGCCUUCGUUUGCACCUCUACAAGGAAACUGACAAAAAAAGACGAAAGGAGAAAAGCACAUACCUUGGCCUUGUCAGCAUCCCCAUCUCAAGCAUCACGGGUCGGCAGUUUGUAGAGCAGUGGUACCCGGUGAUACAGUCCAGCGUCUUGGCCAAAAGCGGUGGUGUUGGAAGUACCAAAGUGAUCAACGCCUCACUGCGGAUCAAGUCCCGUUACCAGACAAUGAACAUCCUUCCUAUGGAGCUGUACAAGGAGUUUGCCGAGUACAUUACCAACAACUAUAGAACACUGUGUGCAGUCCUGGAGCCGCUGCUGAGCGUGAAAAGCAAGGAGGAGGUGGCGUUCGCUCUGGUGCACAUCUUGCAAAGCACAGGAAAGACAAAGGAGUUCCUGUCGGACAUGGCGAUGUGUGAGGUGGAUCGGUUCAUGGACCGUGAGCACUUGAUCUUUCGCGAGAACACGCUGGCUACAAAGGCUGUGGAAGAGUACCUUAAACUGAUUGGUCACCGAUACCUCAAGGAUGCUAUAGGUGACUUCAUUCGAGCCUUAUACGAGUCCGAGGAGAACUGUGAGGUGGAUCCCAUGCGGGUCCCGCCGUCAGUCCUCGCUGACCAUCAAGCUAACCUUCGAAUGUGUUGUGAGCUACUUCUCUGCAAGAUCAUCAACUCUCUCUGCAUAUUUCCCAGAGAGCUGAAGGAGGUUUUUGCCUCUUGGAGAGCCAGAUGUGCUGAGCGUGGAAGAGAGGAUCUUGCAGACAGCCUCAUCAGCUCCUCCCUAUUUCUUCGCUUCAUGUGCCCAGCCAUCAUGUCCCCCUCCCUGUUCAACCUAAUGCAGGAGUACCCCGCUGAGCGCACGUCCCGCACGCUCACGCUUAUCGCCAAGGUGAUGCAGAACCUGGCCAGCUUCAGCAAAUUUGGACCCAAGGAGGAAUACAUGUAUUUCAUGAACGAGUUUCUGGAAAUGGAGUGGGGCUCCAUGCAGCAGUUUCUCUAUGAGAUUUCCAACAUGGAGGCCGGAGGAAACGCUGGAGGGUUUGAGGGCUACAUUGACCUCGGAAGAGAAUUGUCCAUGCUACACAGCCUGCUUUGGGAAGUCAUGGGCCAGCUUAGCAAGGAUGCCAUUCUGAAACUGGGACCCCUGCCAAGGCUUCUGAAUGACAUCAGCGUCGCCCUGAGGAACCCGCAGCUUCACAUGCCUACAAACCACCAGCCGGACCGGCCGAAGGACCGACUCUUCUCGCGCCCAUCUUUCAAUCGUCUAAUGUCCUCUGACUUCCAAAGCCUUAUGAUGCGCGACUUAAACAGUUCCAUAGACAUCUCUCGCCUGCCAUCCCCUACGACGGGAGUCUCGGCUGUAGAAUCCCUCUCAUCCAACCUGAACAUGAGGCGUCAUGCAGAACGAGACCUGCGCUCGUCGAGGGAAGUGUUCUACGUGACUCGCCCGCCGCUGGCUCGGUCCAGCCCCGCGUACUGCACAAGCAGCUCCGACAUCACCGAGCCUGAUCCAAAGGUCCAUAGUGUGAAUAAAAGCGUGUCCAUGAUGGACCUGCAGGACUCCCGCAUGAACAGCAUCUCCAACCUCAACUCUGUGGGCGACAUGCUCACCAACUCUCAAGCCUCCAUAGCCGGCCUGGGCCACAGCUUCGGAAACCUCUGUGGUCCCCUUCGUGUGGGGGGCCAUAUGCCAGCGGGCUCCUCGGGGUCUGGUUUGAGGCUGAGCCAGAUGGGCCACAUAGGGGGGCCCACCGAAUCCAUCUCUCAACAGCAGCAGCAGGCGGCAGCCGCCAUGCACUUCCCCCUGUCAUUCCAGAACCCGCUAUUCCAUCUGGCUGCCCAGAACUCCCCGGCUCAGCCUCACCCCCCCCCUCUCCUCCUCGCCCCGGAGCCAGAGAACGGCCACCACGACUAUGCACCGACCUUUGGCAACAGCGCUUUCUCCCGCAGCGAGGACUUGUCCGCCCUGCGGUCACAGAGCAGCCUGGUGCAGCCCAGCAUUGUCCACUCACACAGUUACAGUGACGAUUUUACCCGGCAGAACCAGAGCAACGACUUCGCCUGGCACCAACUGUCCCUGCAGGUGCAGGAAUCUCUUCAGCAACAGCACCUGAUGGGAAUUGUGUCUCAGUCCGGCACUGGGACGGGCACCCCCGCCUCCUUGGCCACACCACCCACUACAGUUCACCAUGUACGCCAGUCGUCCAUGGCUCAGCCACAACACUUGAAGUCACAGCGGUCUAUUAACAUUCCAGCCACUGGCACACCUCCAAAAGUUCGCCCGCAAAGCAGGAACCUCCUCCUUGACUCUUCUGACACAAACUUCAGCGGCAGUCAGCCAAAAUCGCGCCAUUCUCAUCAUCAGCAGCAGCAUCCGCAGCAGCAUCCGCAGCAGCAUCCGCAGCAGCAGCAGCAUCAUCAGCAGCAGCAUCCGCAGCAGCAGCAUCCGCAGCAGCAGCAUCCGCAGCAGCAGCAUCAACAGCAACUCCCGCAGCAUCAACAGCAACUUCCACAGCAACAUCCGCAACAGCAACACCCGCAGCAUCAACAGCAACAACAAGAUGCGCAGCUGUCGGUGACAGACAGUCCAGCUCCUGGACUCCCAUACCAGACAAGCUCCGCCAAAGAGACCCAGGGCCCUCCAGCAGCUGCAGAGGAGUCAACUGACACGCCCACAAAAAGCAACAAGAAGUCUCAACAGACGCAACUGCAGCCGCCACAGCAGCAUCUGCUCAAACCAGGCAAUAAACAGGGUUCUCAGUCAACCUUGAACACCCCAGCCCUCAACGAACGUACCGUCGCUUGGGUGUCCAACAUGCCGCAUCUCUCUGCUGACAUCGAGAGCCUGAGGCCAGACCGUGAGGGGCAGCUGAAAGAAUACUCCAAGAGCAUGGAUGAAUCGCGACUGGAGAGGGUAAAAGAGUACGAAGAUGAGAUCCAUUUAUUGAAGGAGCGUCUGAAGAUGUCUCAUCGCAAGCUUGAAGAAUAUGAGCACAGAAUGGUGUCGCAAGAACAGCAGACAAGCAAGAUCCUAAUGCAGUACCAGAACCGCCUGGAAGACAGUGAGCGCCGGCUGAAGCAGCAGCAAGUGGAGAAGGACUCUCAAAUCAAAGGCAUCAUCAACAGACUCAUGGCUGUGGAAGAUGAGCUGAGAGUGGGUGCCAUUCCUGAUAUUAAGCCCCGAAUCCUCACAGACCAGUCCAUCAACCAGGGCUAUGGCCAUCCAGGAUCCUGACUGCCAAUACCAAAGUGACCAGAGCUCAUGAAGGUCACUCAAGUGUAAGAAGAUUCAGAGGCUACAAAAACACCUGAAGAGAAGCUCUGCAGUGGAUCUACCAGAACCACUGGAGGCUUCAUCUCACAGCGUCCUUGAAAAAAACCUUUGCACAUAAUCAAACUUUGCCUGUACCAGAACUUGACAAUCAGUUUAGCGCGAGGACCAACGUGUGCAGUGAGUUGCCUGCACAAAAUGACUGAAAUAUAAGCCAGUCCCACAACAAUGGCAAUACUCUACCUAAUGAAUUUCUUUAUUUGAUAGGAAAAAGCAAAGAGAUGUCAAGCGGUGGGGAUGAAUAUGGAUGAUUGUCCCCGGUACAAGCGGCACAUUUGCUUCUCACCUCAGUGGCUGCAGACAAAAUUUCAACACGGCUUCAAAAAGCACAAUAUCCCAUCGUGGUGACCAGCGACGAGCUCGUUGUUAAAUCAGUGAAUCAGUUGCCACCCGUGAUCCCCAGAUGAAGGGCCCAGCAAAUCCAAAUUGCUAAAUCGAUUGUGAUAUCAUCAUUUAGUAACAUACUCGCAAUGCAAAACCUUUCACUGACAAACGGUGCUUCUCAUUAUGAUUUUGCAUUCUUUCUAGUACAGCAAUUGACAUGAAUAGAUGCCAAAUGUAUCUUACAAUCAACUAACUGCUUCAAAUA